GAAAUAUUUCUUGCGAUUGGAGACACUGGACUUGGUAAAAGCUUUACAGCCGGACUAUUUGGGUUUACUGCAAAAGAGGGAGGCAAUGUAAAUUCAACGACGAAAACUGUGGACAUAUAUAAAAAUGAAGAAUAUAGAUACAUUGAUACUCCUGGGUUUAACGAUUCCAAUGUGACAGCGAAAGAUGACAAUACGAAACUUAACAUCUUAUUCAAAAUGCAAGAAGAAAAUAUCAACUUUGUGCAUACAAUAUUCUGGUUCGUCAAAUGUGAUAUCAAAGUAACACAAUCACUUAAAAAACAAGCAAAAUUUAUCAAUGACCUUGCAAUAAACAGCAAAAGUAAUGUCUGGGAUAAUACAAUUAUUAUUUUUAAAGGGAUAAAAGAAAAUUUAAUAGAAGAUCCAAUCAAGGAAGCUAUCAGGGAAGCCAAUAAUAACAAUAACUUGUUAGUUGAACCCCCUAUCUUACCUGUUUAUUUGUAUGAAAAACUUCAACCAGACAGUAUCGUUCAUAUGCUUAAUCUAACUGACGAAAUAUUAUGCGACUUUGGAAUCUAUAAAGACAAAAAUAAGAUAAGAGAUAAAUACAAGGAAAUUAUACAGAAAAAUCACCACAAAGACCAUCCAGUCCAAAUUGUCUUUGAUGAUGAAAUGUGCAUCAAGUGUGGAAAAAAAACUGACAAAAGGUUGUCAGGAAGAUUCCCAUGCCAUACCAGUGAAAGUCUUGAACAUGGUGACAUAGAAGAGUAUAAUUAUAAUACGAUAUAUAGGCACACUGGCCAAUUAAUAACUGUACAAGACCAUGGUUGGGACAAAGCAGAUAGAAUUGUUAGGCAAGUGCCACUUUUUGGUCUAUUCGGUGGUAUAAUUACCGGCAUAGGCAAAGAAGCCACCCAGAGAACGGAAUGGUCUUGCUGUCAACGUGCCUAUGGGUCUAGAGGAUGUAAGGAAGAGCAUUCUACUGGAGUACGCUAUAGCUGCUGUCAUAAAGACGUAAAUACAAAACCACCAGGCUGCAAGAAGGUUUGCAAAUAUUGCGGUAAAGCUUGGGGAAAAUUGGAGGGCUGCACUAAUCAUUCACAAUAUGUUUUUGUUAAGUAA